AGUGCGCCUCGCCCGCAUUGGUAUUAUUUUGCCCCAACCCCGACCGCCCUCCAUUGCAGAGCCAUACUUGUAUACUUCUACACGCCCAUUCGAACUGCAGUAUGCCUUUGAUCUCCUGCUAGUAUCAUCAUGGCAAUCCCUCAACGAUUUCCGUGCUGGUGUCGCGCCGUGUAUUCCUUUGGUGGAGAGGUAAGGUCCUGAGGAAUCUCGUUGCCCUCGCGCAACGCACCCACACCCACACCCACACGCCGAGGUACUAACAUUUGCGCAGUCGAAACGCGACUUGGGAUUUGUCGAAGGAGACCUGAUAGAAUGUCUGAACGCGGGCGACGGAUCGUGGUGGAUGGGCAGGUUGCGGCGGGACAAGCGGAUGAUGGGCCUGUUUCCUUCAAAUUUCGUCGAAGUGCUAGAUGAAAGCUUUCGACCCACGAGUCGCUCUUCGAGCCCAAUGCCAGACCGAUCACCAAGUCCCAACCCCUUCAAUCCCCCACCACAGAAAUCAAAGAGCAAAGCUUUUCGAAAGCCAUUCACCGCCUACGCGGCGCCAGAUCCAGCGCUGGCAAAGCGAGCAGAGCUCCGCAAGAAACAGAGUGUUGUGCAGGCCUCCUCUCCACAUACGCGAACGCAGUCAACACCAACAACACGCACCUAUAACCCUCGAGCGGUGUCGCCAGUGCCGCCGUCGCAUCGUCAUGCAUAUCAUCACAGUUAUGGAUCCAGAGUGCCUUCUCCAGCGACUCCAAUCCAACACAAUAGUUACGGGUCGAGGACACACUCUCCCGCACCACCACCACAACAAUACAAUAGCUACGGCAGCUAUAAUUCAAGAACAUCUAAAGCUCCGUCUCCCGCACCGCCACAAACCUAUAAUAGCUACGGCUCUCGCGCUCCAUCCCCCGUACCGUCUUUUCAAUACAAGGCCUACUCUCGAGAACCUUCACCGCCCGAAAAUGAACUGGGCUCGUCACCCCCUCCACCACCCCCACCUCAUAGAACCACCUUUACCCCACAUGGGUCUGCAAAUACACAUCAGCAACAUCCAGCCACCCUUCACACUCCUCAUGCAGCCUCACCAUGCCCACCAUCUCCUGGGGGUACGGGAUUGACGCCGUCCCCCCUUCGUUCUGCGAUGGAUGAUGUCAUGUCAUCUUUAUACGAUAUGGGUGCAUCCCGGCAUACUGAACCCCCCGAGCAGCCUUUGGAUCCAUGGUCACCAGAAGCCUUCGACCAGACAUAUAUAACAGAAAGAAACAAAGUUGCGAGGCCCCUCACAUCCAUGGGUAUUGGACGAUAUGAAGACGAAGAUCCACGCUUUAAACAUGUAAGGCAACGCGAACGUGGUAGUUCUGUAGCAGAUCAGCCCCCUCCUCAAUUGAGCAACUAUGUCCGCAGAAUGGAAAACAGAUUAAGUAAAAUGCAUGCCAGGAGUUCUCAGCUUCCAAGGGAUGAUAGCCCGCCUGUGGUUCCGCCGAAAAUGAACGGGUAUGACAGACCACCAUCUGCAGCUGCUGAUAGACCAAAAUUGCACCAUCGUAAAUCGGCCUACGAGGUUGGAAAGUCUAUGCUGGGUCGAACGUUCACGACUAAAACAAACUCUACAGACUCUUCAUCUGCAUCACGCUCCACCAACACAAGCUCUAGUACUCAAAUGACGGACCGGAGUAUAAUGAGUGGCCCGUCCGCCAGUGGGUUUUCAUCAACAAGUGCUGGGAGUUACGCGAGGAAGAAGGAGGCGUUGUACGGACGCUCGCGAAGUGCUUUUGGUUCCCGAAAGGAUGACUUUAGUGCAAGCCAGGUAUCUGUGAACAGACCAGAAUCGCCGUUUACUGGAGUAUCAUACCACAACAGUCACGCUUCUGGCCCUGCAAGACCACAGUCACAAGUAGGCUGGCAAGGAGCCACAAACGACACGCCCAAUGUUCUUGGCGGUCUCACAGCUCCUAGACCAAAAAAGAGUGGAUUCUUCAAAAAGAUGAUUGAAUCGGCCAAAACCGGAGCAGCCAGUGCACGGAGCAGUAUAGCCGUCGGAGACUCGUCGAGACCAGGCACAUCAUCAAGGAAUAGAAUGCCAAACGGUGUUACUUCUAUAGCGGGUGGUUACGGAAAUAGCCAACACUCAAGCAGUGCAGCGAACGAUAUGGGACUUGGAAGCGGUAAUGGAUCGGGUGGAGGUGGUAUUGAUUGGGUCCAAGUACGACGCGACGUGAACCGUUCGAAUUCUCUUAGCCAGAUAGAGCAUGUUGAAAGAAAGGAACGUUGCCAGAUGAUGGAUCAUCCAGCUAUCAGUCCUGUAGAAGAGCUGCUUGAAGGCUGUGAUGGAGACGAAGGAGUCGAUGGUAACCCAGUUGCUGAACCCACUGACUUCCAAGCUGUCAACCUUUCCCUCGUGGAUAAAAAUGCGAGAUUUAUCAACAGUCUGCCACCCAUGACAAACCCAGUCAGCCUCGCCACUGGGUUUGUUUGUCGACCAUAUCGAAGUGAUGUUCAGCGGCUUCGCGCAAUCUUUACCUGGGUUAGCGAGAAGAUCAUUUGGGAAGACGAAUACGAUAGUGCUGUCGAAUCGAGAAAGGUUAUCUCAACGAAACGCGGAGGUUCUGAGGAAGUGGCCGUUCUAGUGCUGGAGAUGUGUGCCGCCGUGGGAAUCCAAGCAGAAGUUGUCCGUGGAUAUUUGAAAACACCAGGAGAAGUUCCGGAACUGACGAUCAUGCCUCGCCCUAACCAUUGGUGGAAUGCGGUAGCUGUUGAUGGCGAAUGGAGAUUCAUGGAUUGCUCUCUUGCUUCUCCUUCGAAUCCUCGCCGCGCGCUAUAUUCAAGUACUGGUAGUCAGCAAGCGGAAAGUUGGUGGUUCUUAGCUCGACCAACUGAGAUCUGCUGGACUCAUGUCCCAGAACUACAUCAACAGCAACAUCUCUGUCCACCUAUUGCCCACGAAGUCCUACUUGCUCUCCCUUGUGCCUGCCCUCCGUACUUCAAGAAUGCACUUCAAAUGGUCGAUUACGAUACAAGUCUAGUCCGUGUUGAAGAUCUUGAACUUGUUCAUAUCAAAUUCACGGUGCCAGCGGAUAUUGAAUGUGUGGCAGAGGUUGAGGCUCGGGCAUUUGAGAAGGAUGCUGACGGCGACUUUUUCGAGAGCGGAGAGACAGUAAAGAAGCGUGCACUUGCACAAGCGGAGUGGAUCGGAGGGGAGAAACGGUAUACUGUCAAAGCCCUUCUGCCUGGUGAUGAAGGUCAAGGCAUUCUUCGAGUUUAUGCUGGAAAACGAGGUCUCAUGCAUUCAAUCAAGGACAUUCCCCAUCCUUUGGCGUUCGCCCUGCCCAUCAUUCAUUCUGGAGACAACCCACCGUACGGAUUUCUCACUCGACAUCCGACUCCUCAUGCUCAGCGUCACGAUCUAUAUGUUGCACAGCCUCAGUGUGAGCGUCUUGCAUUGAACAAUACGUUCGUCUUCGCAGUUCGUCAGCAUCCAUCAUCCACAGCGAUAUCAUCACCAAAUCCGGGCAAUGUAUCGCCAGUUCCUUUCAUCCGACCCAGUUCGGCAAUGUCCAUCAGUAAUUCGUCUGCAUCUGGAUCGAAUCCAAGUACAAGUGCGUAUGGCUCGAAGAAACCAGCUAAAUUGGCCAUUCAGUCUCCGGGAGGCAAGGUGCUUCGACUAAUGAGAAAAGAUGAUAAAAUUCAGAGUACAAGUUUGGCGGUGGAAAAGGGUGAUGGUGGUACGUGGGAGACAAUUAUUAAAGUAGGAGAAAGAGGGGUCUGGAGGGGUCUGGUACUCGCAGAUCGAAGUGCCAGAUGGUGCGUUUUUGCAGAAUGGACUUGCGUCUGAGACGAAUGAAUGGAUGAUGGGAAUGACGCGGGAUAUAAUGGGAGUUUUGGUAGUAAAGCGAUGGACUCGAGAACGUGUGAGUUUUGCUCAGGAGGGGGACAGACUAGUCGUGGGUAUAUGCCAGGGAUAUUGCAUCUUUUAGGAGUCUUACGGGACCAAGGUAAUCGGGGUCUUUACGGGAUUGUCGAAUGUAUAACACAAAUGCAUUUCUUGGAGUUGGUUGACAUGUGGAUGGCAUGUCUGGGGUGUUUUGUUACACUACAGAGCGACGGUACCUUGAUACCUCUGUUUGCGAGUUUUUUUGUUUUAAUAUUUGAAUGGAGAGUGUUGAGCAUGCGCAUUUUGAAAGUCGUUGGGGCACAACUUCUCGUUCCGACACUUUUUGUAGGCGGGGUUUUGUUGUUGUUCAUAAUAUAAGAUUGAAGUGUAGAUACUCGUACAGGUUAAUAGAUGAGGAUUUGGUUUUCU